AGUCAUGUUGCAUUUAGUUGAGAGUUUUUUUAUCAGGAAACUGCCUUAAUAUGAGUUAGAUCAUUAACUGUAAACAACAACAAAAGUAGGUUAGGUUCAUUAGGUUAGUUCCUUGAGAAAUAGUAAAAUUAUCAAGAUAGUUGAAAGAUUUAUAGAUAGAGAAAGAAAAGAUUGACGUUAAUGUUGCAGUUCAUAUGAAAUUAUCAGGUAAUAAAACAAAAUUUACUGUAACAUGCAGAAUAUAAUAUUUCAAUAAUAAUAAAAUGAUACUAUUUCAGCUAAAUUUUAAUUUAAAGUAUAAGAAGCAAGUCUCAAAACAAGCAGAUACAACUAACAGAAAGGAUUAAAAUGAAAUUGUCAAUUAAACUUGUGUGUCUGUUUGUAUUCCUAUCAUAUCACCCUUGUACAAGUGAUAUAAUAUCACACUGGUCGCCAUGGAACGCUUGCAUGGGAAUGAUGAAUUGCUACCAAAGGAUUCGGGUUUGCAUUGAGCCUGAAGAUCUCACCAUUCCCCCAAUGCUGUGUCGCCAUGGUAACGAUAGCAGAGAGGAAAAGAUGUAUAACUGUCAAUCAUGCAACGGAACGUGGGAGUUUUUACAAACACUGACCGACUGCGCACCCUCGUGUUACAACUCCAGUAAAACAGUAAUUUAUCGAUGCUCAACAAAUAUAUCAUGUUUGCUACAAACUGUAUCACCAUGUAAUACACCAUCAUUAUGCACAGGUACAUGGGUGGCUAAUAAAACACUGUGCAACACAGAAUGCGAUGCACGAGGAGUGAGAAAAUUAUCAAUUUCUUGUAUGAAGAAUGGCAUUGCAAGUUCUGCCUGUCCAGAUAGUUACGGAUUUCAAAGAAAAAUUCUAAAAGAGCGUUGUAACAGUACUUGUUUGUCCUGGUCUAGUUGGAGAAAUGCCAGUGAAUGUAGCACCUCGUGUGGUGGGGGAAACGCAAUGCAAAUAAGGUCAUGCACCAAAGCACCGAUCUGUGCUGGCUUUAAAAGCUCACUGUACAGAGGAAAUGAGACAACAUUUCAGUCGUGUAACGCCCACUCCUGUCCUGCGUGGAGUCAGUGGUCAACUAACGGUCACUGCUUGGCAAAUGUCCGAUCAUGGACAAGAAGCUGUGUUUAUAAAGGACAGCCCUAUAUUGGAUGUGAUGGAAAUGAAUCAUUCCAAACCAAGUUAAGUUUAUGCAUUGAAGCAAAUGCAACGACAACAGCAGCAACAGCCUUACAUGGGGCAUCUAUCAUACCAAGUCCUUUGUCAUUUUACUUAAUUAUUGCACUGGCUGGUUUAUGUUUAUUCAUCUUCAUCAUCUGCAUUUUGCUCUGUGUAAAAUUAUUUGCUCGAAAGAAAAUUCGAAAGCAGCUCACUCGAAAUGGAUUUGUUGAGGAUUCACAUAAGAAAUACGAUUCAAACCUGGACUUGAGUGAUUUCCAAACCCAAAUAUCAAACAUUACACCUCCUGUCACCCCGUACAAGGUUCCACUUAAAGAUGAAAAAGAAUUUUCCGUCAAAGUACAGAGAAGUAAAAGUUUAAAAUCAUUGUCCGAAAACAUGAACCGUGGCUCGAAUCGAAACAAUUACUCCAUGACAACACUGCCCGCAAAAAAAUCGGCAACACUGGACAAUGGGAUACAUAGAUCACAAAGUACUGGUUCAAAGCAACAGCAAGAAGAUGGCAGCCCAAAACAAAUAGUUCCGUUACGACCUAGACCAUCUGUUAGACGUGCUGAAAGAUUGAGAGAGAAACGUGAAAGAAAACUGAGUCGUAAACUUGAAUCUGGAGAACUCGCACACAAUUAUCAAGAUUCUAAUGGGAACAGUUAUCUUUAUAGGAGAGCACACAGUGAAGGUGACAUUUUGUCACCAGUUCAUUCAGCUAUACCAACUAAUGAAAAAGAUGAUGCUGGGACUGUGCCGAAUCCAAAACCAAGAAAGCCACUUCGAAAACAUAGUUCUAUUCUUUUGAACCAGAAUUUAUCCAACCAAGCUUACAAUGUCCAUUCUUCUAUGGAUGAAAUUAGGGUGGAAACAACAGAUAUGACCAACAAUAGUGCGAAUCCUAUGUCCCCAUCAAUGAAACCUCGCAAACCACGCCGUAACACAAGCAUGAGAACCUCAUUUAUCAAUGAAAGGAUGAAACAUCAGAAGCCACCUUUGUCGCCUGAAAGAAACGGAUUGUCGAAAUCACUAGGUGACCUCACAGAGCAGGGCAGCGACACCUCAAGGUCAGGAUCUCCAUUUCAGAGAAGAGACAUUCAAGAUGAUAGUGUGGCAGUGGAUUCAUUGUGAAAAUAAACGCAAGUUGCAUAUGGGUUAGUACACCUACCUCUAGCCAAGAGGUUUCAGGUUCAAGUUUGGCACUGCUACCGUUGUGGGUGUAUGUGUCCUUGAGCAAGUACAGGCAAUCGCUCCAAGCUGUUUACUUUUACGAACAAUUCAUACACAUAUCAAUAUUAGUUUUUGGAUGAUCAUUAUACGACAACGGUCUUACAAUCCGCAGAGUAUUUGUGUCAUGCCAUAUUGAUGUUUAAAAUAUCAACUGUUUUUAUAUUUUAUUAUGUACUAGCCAGUAUUUUAUUUGUCUCUUUUCGCUAAAUGUACUGUUGCAUUUUAACAUUUCCACUGUUGCUGUAUAACAUUUUUUUUGCUUUUUGAUAUUUGCCACUAUUUACACAGAAACAUGUAAUUUAUCAGGAAUAAAAAAAUCCUUGUGCAAUGCGUAUGUUAAACUAAUUUUUAUUUGCAAAUGUGUUGCAAUUAUUGUUUUGUUUUUUUUUGAAUUCAUUAAAUUAAAAGUUAAAACUAAAA